AAUUUAGCUGUGCUGCAUAUGACCAGGGCUUGGUCUGUUUGCAGAAAGACAGAGAGAGAGAGGAGGGAGCUGAUAAGAAACUGUAGGAUAAAAGUGAGGUUUCAUACAGACAUACAGACAGACAGAAGAAGAACAGUUUUACUCAGUCCAACGCCAUACAAAGAAUGAUGAAGUUCCUCAUGUUGACUGUUGUUCUCGUGCUGGUCGUGACGGGUGGCUCGGCUCUGGACUGCCUGCACUGUGUCCCAGAGAAAGCAGAAGGGGCCUGCGAGAUCACCACUGUAACCUGCCCACCGGACAAAGACGCGUGUGCCGCUGCCAAGUUCCGCAGAAGCCCAUACGGUCAUUACCAGAAGUGCAUGUCUAUGUCAGGCUGUGAGAUGGUGAAACAGAACGCUUUCAUCAACAUCAAGUGCUGUCAGAAGGACUUCUGCAACACCUUUGACUGAUCUGCCGCUGCUAUAUAUCAGCAUGACUCAUAAAACAGCUUUCAAUAUAAUAGAGUACACAUGAAUCUAGUUACAUGUGUUUAUGCCUUUUUUUAGUUGAAUUUAUUUAAAUUCUUCUUGUUUUGGGCAUUGUGCAAAAAACAGUCUGUAUCACGGUGGUCAUUAAUAUUAAAAUAAAGUAUGCAUGCUA